AUGGACUCUAUUUCUUACACAAAUGCUGUCCAAGAAAAUGACUAUAUACGGAGUACAAUUCAAGAAACAGAAGUAGAGGCGAAGGGAAUGGCGGUCGGCAAAGACUCGGCGCUAAUCGGUGAAGUCAAUUUAUUGAGAAAUUUAUAUGAUUUUGCAAAACAAAACUCUGGCAUCCUCAAAACAAGGAUUGUUUCAGCUGAAAACACAGUUGUUGUAGCCGUGACACCGGUGUAUGAGAAGCUUAUGGACUCACUCAAACGCAUUCUUGUGUUUGUUGAUAACAAGUUUGACAAGUACACGCCAACAUUCUUCAUAGUUCUUGUCGCGGAAUUUGAGUCUCUUAUCGAUAAAGCUACACCAUUAGCCCACAAACUCCUUACUACUGCACAAUCCAUUAUUACACCUCUUGUCACCGCCGCAGUUUCUCUCUUCCAAAAAGUUCUAAAAAGCACCAGAUAUCUCUUCCAAAAGAUACUAGCAACCACCAUAUAUCUCCUCCAAAUACUCCUUACUACCAUCAAAGCGUCACCACCCGUACUCAACAAAUCCCAAGCUCUCCUUCAAAACGGUUUCACCACCGCUCAAUCAGCCCUCCAAUCUGCACCAUUAGUUAACACAGCCCAAUCCUUCCUCCAAAACAGUCUCGAUACCACAAAAUCCGUACUCCAUGACUCCUACUUCCAGAAAGGUCCAGACUUGGCAAAAAAAACACUAGACUCAACCAAGUCUAUACUAGGAGGUAUCCCUUUAGUGGGCAAUGUAGCACAAUCUGCAAUCACAAAUCCAAAAGUUUUGACCAAUCAAAUAGUCAACAAAACAAAUGCUUUAGUCAACAAGAGCCCUGUACUCAGAGCUGUUAACUCAACAGCCCAAAGCUUAAUAAAGAUAACUCAAGUUUCAGGUAUGAAAGCAGCAUUACAAUCUGCUUACAUUUCAUUUAAGCUGGUGGGCAUACCAGUAAUAGCUGAGUUUUGGUAUAAAGUCAACGCAUACCCAUUGUUACAUAUAUUAUCCGAACUUUUUCUCCCAGUGGCCGAGUGUUUUUCUAAGUGGUACAAUAAGUUGCUCACAUACAUGGACAGAAAGGGCUAUAGCUUAUCUGGUUAUUUACCAUCAGUGCCAAUCGAUGAAAUGAAAGCCGCAUACAAGGUGGUGAAGACUACAAUGGAUGGUUUGUCAGCUGCUGGUAACUUACCAGGAAUGAAUGAUACAUAACAGUAACUAGGCUACUUAUGUGCAUUAUCAUAUACAUAUGUAUGUGACAAUAUUUAAGUUAAAUUUAUCAAAUUGUGCUUUAAUAACCUAGACAACCUAUCUCAUUCAUACUUGCCUAAUUAGUUAAUUAUACAUCCAUAGCUUAAAUGUAUAGUACUGAUAAACUUGUUUC